GGACAGGGCGUGGAAAAGACAGCCCAGCCGGUGGUGACGAGGACUCCGGUGGCCGUAGUACAGCUCGCCCAUCCCUAGCUCAGUGCAGAGCCCUCAGCGUGGACUGGGCUGGCUCUGGGAGCCCACACCGGCUCUACCUGUCCGUGCAGCAGGCCCUGCAGGACAAGGGGUGCAAGAGCAAGAGUCAGGGGACCAAAGAAGAGAAGCUCCUGAAGAGGCAGGCGCCGGCCCCCAGGCAGGACCGGGAGGCCCAGGACGCUGGUGGUGCCAUGAAUGUAGAGAAAACAGGUGGGCGGCUCUUUGGCAGCGGGAGGUGCUCGAGCCUGUCAGGGCCGCCAAGUGCGGCCCCCGUGGUGCAUAGGAUGGUGGAGGCCAUGGCCCAGCUCCAGGAGGAGAAAGCCCAGCUCCAGGAGGAGCUGGCCAUCCUACGGGAGAGGCUGGCCAUCCUACGGGAGAGGCUGGCCCUCCGCGACAGUGACCAGCAAGCCACAUCCACCCAGCUGCAGAACCAGGUGGAACAUCUGAAGGAGCAGCUCAUUAGCCAGGCCCAGGAAGUGAGCCGUCUGCGGUCAGAGCUGGGAGGCACGGACUUGGAGAAGCACCGGGACCUGCUGAUGGUGGAGAAUGAGCGACUGAGGCAGGAGAUGCGGCGCUGCGAGGCGGAGCUGCAGGAGCUGCAGGAGCUGCGGGCAAAGCCCGCCGCCCCCUGUCCAGGGUGCGAGCACAGCCAGGAGAGCGCCCAGCUCCGCGACAAGCUGUCCCAGCUGCAGCUGGAGGUGGCGGAGAACAAAGGCAUGCUGUCAGAGCUGAACCUAGAGGUGCAGCAGAAGACUGACCGGCUGGCCGAGGUGGAGCUGCGGCUUAAGGACUGCCUGGCCGAGAAGGCGCAGGAGGAGGAGCGGCUCAGCCGGCGCCUGCGUGACAGCCACGAGACCAUCGCCAGCCUGCGGGCCCAGUCCCCGCCUGUCAAGUACAUCAUCAAGACAGUGGAGGUGGAGUCGUCCAAGACCAAGCAGGCCCUCAGUGAGUCCCAAGCCCGGAACCAGCACCUGCAGGAGCAGGUGGCCAUGCAGAGGCAGGUGCUGAAGGAGAUGGAGCAGCAGCUGCAGAGUUCACAUCAGCUGACCGCGCAGCUCCGGGCACAGAUUGCCAUGUAUGAGUCAGAGCUGGAGCGGGCACACGGGCAGAUGCUGGAGGAGAUGCAGUCCCUGGAGGAAGACAAGAACCGGGCCAUCGAGGAAGCCUUUGCCAGAGCCCAGGUGGAGAUGAAGGCUGUGCAUGAAAACCUGGCAGGCGUCCGGACCAACCUGCUGACGCUGCAGCCAGCACUGCGGACCCUCACCAACGACUACAAUGGGCUCAAGCGGCAGGUGCGCGGCUUCCCCCUGCUGCUGCAGGAGGCCCUCAGGAGCGUCAAGGCCGAGGUCGGCCAGGCCAUCGAGGAGGUCAACAGCAACAACCAGGAGCUCCUGCGCAAGUACCGCCGGGAGCUGCAGCUGCGCAAGAAGUGCCACAACGAGCUCGUGCGGCUGAAAGGGAACAUCCGGGUGAUUGCUCGCGUCCGGCCAGUCACCAAAGAGGACGGGGAAGGACCUGAGGCAACCAACGCCGUGACCUUUGAUCCUGACGACGACUCCAUCAUCCACCUGCUGCACAAGGGCAAGCCUGUAUCCUUCGAACUGGACAAGGUCUUCUCCCCACGGGCCUCACAGCAGGACGUGUUCCAGGAGGUUCAGGCCCUGAUCACCUCCUGCAUUGACGGCUUCAACGUCUGUAUCUUCGCCUAUGGCCAGACGGGUGCCGGCAAGACAUACACGAUGGAGGGGACCCCAGAGAACCCAGGCAUCAACCAGCGGGCCCUGCAGCUGCUGUUUUCCGAGGUGCAGGAGAAGGCGUCCGACUGGCAGUACACCAUCACUGUCAGCGCCGCCGAGAUCUACAACGAGGUCCUCAGGGACCUGCUGGGGAAGGAGCCUCAGGAGAAACUGGAGAUCCGGCUGUGUCCAGAUGGCAGCGGGCAGCUGUAUGUGCCAGGACUGACCGAGUUCCAGGUGCAGAGCGUGGACGACAUCAACAAGGUGUUCGAGUUCGGCCACACCAAUCGCACGACGGAGUUCACCAACCUGAACGAGCACAGCUCCCGCUCGCAUGCCCUGCUCAUUGUGACCGUGCACGGCGUGGACUGCAGCACGGGCCUCCGCACCACGGGGAAGUUGAACCUGGUGGACCUGGCCGGCUCGGAGCGCGUGGGCAAGUCGGGGGCAGAGGGCAGCCGCCUACGAGAGGCUCAGCACAUCAACAAGUCGCUCUCGGCCCUGGGGGACGUCAUUGCUGCUCUGCGCUCCCGCCAGGGCCAUGUGCCCUUCCGCAACUCCAAGCUCACCUACCUGCUGCAGGACUCGCUGAGUGGUGACAGCAAGACCCUCAUGGUGGUGCAGGUGUCCCCCGUGGAGAAGAACGCCAGCGAGACGCUCUAUUCCCUCAAGUUCGCAGAGAGGGUUCGCUCGGUAGAGCUGGGCCCUGGGGCACGCCGGGCGGAGCUGGGGUCCUGGUCGAGCCAGGAGCAUCUGGAGUGGGAGCCAGCCUGCCAGACGCCACAGCCUGCAGCCCGUGCCCACCUGGCCCCCGGUUCUGGGACCACCAGCCGCCCUGGCUCCAUCCGGAGGAAGCUGCAGCCCUCGGGGAAGUCGAGAUCGGUGCCUGUGUGACGGAUGUGCCCACCCUGCCGGGCCUGGAGCCAGCUCCCAAGGCCCUGCUGGCCAGCUUGCACUGCAGCGCCGCCGGGACCCCAGGAGGCGGAGGCGGGAGUGGAGGCACCUCUUCGGCCCCGUCUCCCUCAGAGAAGAGAAACACGUUCAGAAGGAAACAGUGUCUCUCAACUGUGGCUCUGGGCGCAAACGGCGUGGGCUGGAAGGGCAGGGAUGGCCUGCUGUGCUUGGCAGGCCUGGGCCAUCGGAGAGCUCUGUCCUCGUGGGGAGGGCAGGAGCGUGGGAGGGUGGGCCUCUUCCCCAGGCAUGGGGUGCCAAGGGCCCUGGCCUGGGCUGACCAGACCCCUCCCCUCAGCCUGCAGGGCUGGGCAGCCCCUCGAAUGGGUGGGCUGAGGAGCCUCCAGGAAGGCAUGAGAACCAUGGGAACUGGGUGGCUGGUGGCACCAAGGGGCAGGCCGGCCCCCACUGUCCUCCAAGGAGGGGACCCCGGUACCGGGCGUGUACAUAGUGUUCUUAGGUGUACAUAGGAGCGAGGCCUCCCUGCCACGGGCCGGGCUGUAUUUAUGGCUGGCAGAGGAGGCCAGUGGGCAGGGGACCCCAUUGCGCGCCAUCUGCCUGGCACCAGGCUCUUCAUGCUCACUGGCCUCUUGACAUUUUCCUCCCUCUCAGAUCCUAUUUAAGAACUUUUGGAAGCUUAGCCAUUUUUACUUGUUAAAAUAAAAGCCUUUUUACACAGUA